AUGAGCCAGAGAGAGUUUGAACAAGCUAAGAAAGAGGCUGCAAAAAAAAUAACAAACUGGUUGGCUCAAGAAGCAGUCACCUACAAAGGGGCUAACCUCACAGCCUUUCAGGAGGCCUGGAGGAGGGUGAGCCCAGCAGUCCAAGUUCAGUACAUGGUCCACGCCAUGUAUGCAGCAUACCAGAAUGUUACUAACUCCACAAGAGAAUGCUGGGUAUGUUUGCCUAUAGAAGAAAAAGGGUUUCUAGGUGUUCCAGUACCCCCGAGGUGGAACAGGACUCAUAAGCCCAUAGACACAGGUCCUAUUGUGAUCCAAGGACCCGUAGCUACCAUUGUCUUCCCAGAUGCUAAGGGAAUGAACUUAACCUGUUUGGUGGCAAACUGGACUGAAGAGCCAAGGAACGGUGUGGGAACACUCAACCCCCAGCUCUGCUCUGGUCAACAUAAUAUUCCUAACAACAGCAGCCUUUGUACUGAACCUGGAAUCUUCCUUCUCUGUGAGAAGGCAGCUUACAAGUGCCUGCCCCAGAAUUGGACCGGGAUCUGCAUUGAAGUUUUCCUAGUCCCUAGCAUCAGCAUCCAGGUCCCUAAUGAGUUUAGAAAACUACUGCAACCUAAAGUAAAGGAAGCCUCCCAGCAUAAGAGAAGAGUACGGGCCGCCAUAGCUAUAGGGGCAAGCCUUGCAGUGGGGGUUGGGGCAGGAGUCAGGGCAAUGGGAUUGUCUGCAUCCACUUACUACAAGCUGUCAGCUCAGCUGAGUGAAGACAUGGACAAUGCAGCUGAUUCCCUGACCACCCUGCAGCAGCAGAUAAACUCCUUGGCUGAGGUAACCCUUCAGAAUCAGAGAGCUUUAGACCUCAUUACUCCAGAGAAAGGUGGAACAUGUACGUUCCUAGGAAAAGAAUGUUGCUAUUUUGUCAACCAAUCCGGUAUAGUAGCAAAAAAGGUAAAAGAAUUAAAGGAGAACAUUAGAAUUCGGGCCAAAGAGCUAGAGGACUGGAAUUUUGGAUUCAAUCCACAGACAUGGCUAAGGUGGAUAUUGCCUGUUCUGGGGCCCAUCCUCAUAAUUCUCCUAGGCAUAACUCUGGGGCCCUGCAUCCUCCGAACCUUGGUCUAA